AUGGAUGAUCUUGAAAGGGCGCUUGGAGAAAAGAGAAGUGAAAGAGGCUGGGUGGGCAAGAGGAGAGCAGGGUCAAUGGAGACUGGAAGGGUGAAGGGGAUUGUAAAUGAAGAUGGGAUUCAGGCAUUAAAGUAUGCAAAUUUCCGUAUGGGAACACCUUACAUAAUGAAAAAGAAAACUCAAUAUAAUGUAACUAACAAGUUUGAUUUCAACCAAUUCAUUUCUCGUACGAACUCAGGAGGAUGCUUAAACCUACUCAACAGGAAACUCAAAACAAAGUCUAUAGAUAUAUAAAAACUUUCCUAGGGAAGAAAAUAUUUGUUGCAUCUAACAAAUGCUCUAUUUAUACACACAAAAAACCUGAGCCUAGAAUCUCCGUUACAAAGACAGUCUCUUCACGACCAGGGAACGAGAGCACCAAGAGCUUAAGUUCUUUAAUUCAUGAAAAUUUUAACUGAAAAUCUCGAAAGCAGGUUUACAUGAACAAGAAAGGCAUCCUAAAGAGUGCAUAUAGAAAGAUCAAGAAUAAAUAUAGCACAAAGAUGAAGAGGAAUAAAAAACCAGAUUUCUCCUUCCUUCCUGUCAAACAAAAAAUGUGGAAGCAAUGGAGAGAGGAAUCAGCUGAGUCACAGAAGUCUUCGAUAAAUGAUAUCUCUCCGAUUCAGAGUAAAUACGAGACUGAAAAGGAGAAAAUAAAAUCUCCUUCAGUCCAAGUAUUAGACAAAAACUUUUCAGAAGUUAUCUUCGAAGAGAAGCCUGCCUAUCCUGAGAAACUUGAGAAAGAGCUUCCAGAGGAGCAAAAGGAAGAUGGGACUCAGAAGAACACCAAAUUUGAAGCUCCUCUUAAAAAUGUUAGAAACAGGAAAACCCAGUGUAUCAGAAGCUACUCACAACCAAGGAUUUCUAAAUAACAAUGAGAGAUUUUUAGAGAGACAAGAGUUGCUAAGCAGCAAGCGUGAGACUUUAGCAACUCCUAAAACCGACCUUGUCAAACAAUUUCAUUCUACAUUUAGAAAGCAGGCACCUUUGAGGGAUUACAAGUCGGUGCAUCAACACUUCAGAGCAAUGACAGAUUUAGAAAUUCAAAGAAAAGACUACAUGGUUGCUCAGAGGUUGUUCCCUCAAGAAUUUACCAUCUACAACACACAAAGUUUAAGAAUCUCAACGCUGGCGAGGACCCACAAGGAGAAUCUUCAUGUGAAGCUUCCUUCCUCUAGAAGAAAGAUACUCUAAAUGAGUUAAGUUCAGGUUUCAACACUGGGGA